AUGUUUGUGGAAACAAAGGGAACCGUUUGCAUCCUUUUUUAGCCUCCCCCUCUGUGUGAUUCCCGGAAUGCGCCUAACUACAGCUUAAUAACAACACCAGAAUGUAGAUUUGAGUGUAAAGUAGCCGGAGGUUUUUGCAAUGCCAUUUCCGACCACUAAUCAGGGGCAGUCAGCCCAGCAGACGCCCAAACACUAUGGGAUUACUUCUCCCAUCAGUAUGGCUCUGCCCAAGGAAGCUGACCUGGUGCUCACCCAGAAACUGGUUGAGGCACUUAAGCCCUAUGGAGUGUUUGAGGAGGAGCUGGAGCUGCAGCGCAGAAUCCUGGUCUUAGGGAAACUGAACACAUUGGUCAAAGAAUGGAUUCGUGAAAUCAGUGAGUCUAAGAACAUACCAGCAUCUUUGAUAGAUAAUGUUGGAGGGAAAAUCUUCACAUUUGGCUCCUAUAGGUUAGGAGUUCACACAAAAGGUGCUGAUAUCGACGCCCUCUGCGUUGCUCCACGCCACGUGGAGAGAUCCGAUUUCUUUACCUCAUUUUAUGAGAAAUUAAAGGAGCAAGAGGAGGUGAAAGAUUUGAGGGCAGUGGAAGAAGCCUUUGUUCCCGUGAUUAAACUGUCUUUUGAUGGUAUUGAGAUUGAUAUACUGUUUGCCCGGUUAGCACUGCAGACCAUUCCAGAGAACUUGGAUCUACGAGAUGAUAGCCUGCUGAAGAACUUAGACAUUCGGUGUAUAAGAAGUUUGAAUGGUUGCAGAGUGACUGAUGAAAUCCUCCAUCUGGUGCCCAACAUUGAGAACUUCAGACUCACUCUUAGAGCCAUCAAGCUCUGGGCAAAACGUCGUAAUAUUUACUCUAACAUCCUGGGCUUCCUGGGUGGUGUGUCAUGGGCCAUGUUGGUGGCUAGGACCUGUCAGCUGUACCCUAAUGCAGUGGCUUCAACAUUGGUGCACAAGUUCUUCCUGGUCUUCUCCAAAUGGGAAUGGCCCAACCCAGUCCUUUUGAAGCAACCAGAGGAUUGCAACCUUAACCUUCCAGUUUGGGACCCAAGGGUGACCCCCAGUGAUCGCUACCACCUCAUGCCCAUCAUUACCCCAGCGUACCCCCAGCAGAACUCCACCUACAAUGUCUCUGCCUCAACUCGGGCUGUCAUGGUCGACGAGUUCAAACAGGGUCUUGCCAUCACAGAUGAAAUAUUGCAGAAUAAAGCUGAAUGGUCCAAACUAUUUGAAGCACCAAACUUCUUUCAGAAAUACAAGCAUUAUAUUGUGUUGCUAGCAAGUGCAUCAACUGAGAAGCAGCAUCUUGAGUGGGUUGGUCUUGUGGAGUCGAAGAUCAGAAUCCUGGUGGGAAACCUGGAGAAGAAUGAGUUCAUCACUCUUGCUCAUGUGAAUCCACAGUCGUACCCAGGACCCAAGGAAGGCAAUGAAAAGGAGGAAUUCAACACAAUGUGGGUUAUUGGCAUUGUUUUCAAGAAACUGGAAGGGUCUGAAAACUUGAAUGUGGAUCUGACUUUCGACAUCCAGUCUUUCACAGACACAGUUUAUCGCCAGGCAAUCAGCAGCAAGAUGUUUGAGCAAGACAUGAAAAUCACAGCAAUGCACGUUAAGAGGAAGCAGCUGCACCAACUACUGCCAAAUCUGGUCAUUCAGAAAAGGAGAAAGCACUCUACGGAGGGCAUCCGCUCAGUGAAUGACAGCAGUUUGGAUUUAUCCUUGGACAGUGACAACAGCAUGUCGGUGCCCUCUCCCACGGGCACGUCUGCCACUGCUGCCAAGAACAGCCUGCCCAGUCAUGCUGCCAGUCCGCAGCGCUCUUCGGGGCCGGCCGCCGUCCUUUCAGAUGCGCUCGGUAAAACAGAAAUGGCAAAAGGCACAUCACCGGCAGUGGAAGCAGCAGAGGGAACCAAGUCUGUAACUGGUCCGGUGGGGUCCAGGUCUGCCCACGCCCUCAAGAGGUCCUCCUCCAACAGCAGCCCACCGCACCUGAGUCCCCAGUCAGUGAAGAGACCAGGCUCCCCUCUUUCCACUGAACAGGAAAAGAAACUCAAAGUUGAGGAGGAUGGCCUAGUGGCUGAGGAUAGUGGCACUGCCUCCAUGGAGAUGCAGAAUGAGGAGGAUCUGAAGACGGAUACAGAGAUAAAGGAAGUGGACUCAACGGGGGAGAAGAUGCCUACAACUCAGAGAAUGCCCAGCGCAGAUCUGUCAGACGUUGCUCUGCUUCCUGCCAAUCCCAUUCCAGUGGUGAAAAACUCCAUAAAGCUGAGACUCAGCAGGUAGAAGUCCUGAAACGACGCCCCUACCUCUCCCAGUCCGAGGAUGGAAAGACGGACAGAAACCGCGCCCGCUCACUUGCGUUGUCUCUGAAUUCCUCCCGUGCAGUCUGGUUACGUAUGCCAGGACCCUACCUGUAGUACAGAGCUCUUACCACAAGGGGGCGGCACUGCUCUUCUGCAGAUACCCCCCUCCCGCCCCACGCCGCCCCGUUGGUCCUACCCCUCUGUCUGUUUCCCUCAGAGCAAAGCAACAAUACACGAGUAUGAUGUCAUGUCCUCACAUCCCUGAAUGGGACAUUUGAGCAUAUGUAUGUGCGCAUACGUGUACGUAGACACAUACGCAAGACACUGACAGAAUUUCCGUUCAAUAGUAAACCGUGUGGGUGUCAUUUUUUUUACUUUUUCCUUUUGCUUUGUGCAUAAAUAUGUGGCAUGUUUUGAUUUUAAAAUGUCACUGAUCAUGACGCCCCUCAACUGUAACUGUUACAGUAGACUAGAGUCUGAAAGGCAUUAGUCAUUGGGGAGAUUAAAAGAAAAAUUAGACAACAAUAGACAUGGGUUAAAUGUUCUUGCGUUUUUUUUUUUCUUUUCUAAGCCCAUCUAAAUAUACAAUUUGAUCAAAUAUGUGUAAUUGGAGAGGAUUGUUGUGAAAAUGUGUCUCUCUGUGGUCUGUUCUGUUAAUCGGUGCGAGUAUACGGGUCUGUACCAUAGGAAGAAACCAGUGAAUAUUCCCAGCUCAUUCUUAAUCUAUGCUCAAGUCACUCUUUCUUUCUGUCAGGAAUUUUCAUCUGAUCAUGUUUGGGAUCGUCAAUGAGGUAUCCUGUUGCGGGCCAUUAUUAAAAAAA